AUGGGUUUUCGACAGAAACCGACGCCUGAGUAUAGCAAAGACAUAGGGUAUCUCAAUCCGGAGUUUUUCCUCAGAUCAAGUACCUCAUCUGAUGAAGGCCCACGCAUUGUGCCUCCAGAGAUUGCAGCAAAGAGGAUCGGCAACCCGCCCAGGAGAGCAGCGCUUCCCGUACCGCGCCCAGGAGCUAUUAACAAUAUUCUCAAUCCGCCCUCUGAUCGCCCAGCAUUCCGACCACUAGAACCUGACUCAAUCUCCUCUUACGGAAACACUCUCAAGGGCAACGACAUGAGAACCACCAGUCCCAAAUUGCAUUAUCUACAUGGCUUACCCGACUCGAAGGCAUACCCGUAUGUUCACAAGAAAGAAGUGAAGGAACACCUUGCCGCUAUAGAUGCUGGGCUAUCAAGCCCCUUGGCUCAAUUUGCAUUUACUGUGAACCAGCAAAAGGAACGAAAUCGAUAUACAGAUUUCUCUGAGACGAUAUUCUACGGAAACAAUCCUAGUCCAGCGCUAGUAAGCGAUGUUCAUAGGCUGUUCCCAGAGCAGAGUAGGCAUAGCAAUGUUGUCGUAGAGCAUGUGCUGGUAGUGGGUGGGCCCGUCGUUCCCAAACAAUCGCGGGCGCAGCACCACAGAAGUAUUGAUGAGCAGUUGUAUGACAGCAAUGCGUAUGCACGAAAAUCUCCAGCACUGCAGGCCCCACAAUCGCGCAACUCGAGGCCAUGUAGUCGGAAUAAAACCCACAGCACUACGCCUAUAUGUUCAACUGAUGAAAACUCCCGUAGAAAUGAACGAUCCACGCACAAACCCGGUCCUGGCCCCGAAAACAUUCCCAGACUCAGAGGCGGCGCCGGAACCAAUCAAGCAUGUCUUGGAUACGGCUUCUUAUUCAAACAAUUACUUCUCACAUGCCACCGACCCGAGUACGAUUCCAGCAGCGACACUGAAGACUCACCAGUCCGAAUCCCAGACCCAGCCCAGAUAUCCCGAGCAAUGCGCAGAGCCCAAGGUACUGCAACACUUCCCAAGAACCUGUCACGCACAACUGCUACAUCGAGCAUAGCGAGAAGCUCAUCCAGCAAUGCCCACAACAACACUCUCCCUCCAUCUCGGACAGCCACUUUCACAGCCACAUACACGCCUCCCCGCCCCCUUCUCUGCAAUAUGCCUUGUAUCCCCUGCGCCUCCCCCAUUCCUUCCCCAACUCAACCUCGCACUCAGGACUCUCUUAUCAACUCCACCUACCCUCUAUAUACACCUCCAACUACCAUACCGUGUCUAAGAGGCGGCGGGGGCUCCCCAUCUGCGCUCCGUGAUGAAGACAAUUUGCCGCCGACACUGGUGUGGCUUGCGGGUCGGAAGAGGAGGAGUAUUACGACCAAGACGUGGAAGGAGGGAAAGCCGAAGGUUAGGAUGGGAGGGAUGCUGGGGUGGGCAGUGUAUGGGGCGAGGGCUGGGGAGGUACGGGGACAGGAAAUGGGAGAGGGGAAGAAUGCGAAGUCGGCAGGUGGUGGUGGCGUGGCGAAAGUCAAAGAAAGCGCGCCAAAAGAAAUGCAGAAAGGUCCGGCAGAAGAAAAGAAAGAGAGUGUGGUGCAGGAUCCUGUGCCAGAAGUUGCUGCAGGAGAUGCGGUACCGUCGGCUAAUGAAGGUGGUGCUGAGAAAUGA